AUGAUUAGAGAACAUGACUAUAUAGAAAAUGACAAACACGAGGAUUUAACAGAAGGGAAAGAUGGCAACACGUCAAAAGCUGGUGAUGAGGUAGAAGAUAAGAGUGAUCCCAUUCCUCCUACCAAGACGGUCAUCACUCUCCUUAUAGCUCUCCGUUACUUUAAAAGUCGCACGCCCAAUGAAGUCACUGUUCUAAAGGGUGACAAGAUGUUACUGCUGAACAGAAAGAGUAAAGACUGGUGGUUCGUGGAAGUGAUAAGGACCAAGAAUCAAGGCUACAUACCCAGGUCCAUCGUGGCUCGACUACCCACCGCCGGGGUCCUAGCGGCCAAGAAACCUGCCACCCUCGUCCAGGUCCAUGACGGAAAGCCUGCCAAUCUGGACAAGACCAAAAAUGAAGAUGAAGCAGAUGACGAAAGCAAGAACGACAGUGGGACAGAAAAUGAGAUUAAUAAUGAGGAUGAGACAGAAAAUGAGAUCAAUAAUGAGGAUGAGACAGAAAAUGAGAUCAAUAAUGAGGAUAAGGCAGAAAAUGAGAUCAAUAACGAAGGUGAGAUGGAAAAUGAGAUCAAUAACGAAGGUGAGAUGGAAAAUGAGAUCAAUAAUGAGGGUGAGAAAGACAUCGAGAUGAUCGGGGAUGAGAUGGAAAUAAUCAGAGGAGUCGAGGAAGAGGAUGUGCAUAGCUCAAAGAACUCCAAAUUCUCGUUCUUCUCCAAGAUUUUAUUCCGAAGACGCUGAAGCACUUGUGAAAGUGAUGGUCGUAAUCCACAGAACAACGUGCCAUUGAGACUAGACUAUGAGUGAUGGGAAACUGUUGGGGUGAAUCAAAAUCGAAAAGGUUGUUUGGGGUCAUCUACUAUUGCUAAUGCUAAUAACUGCUACCCUGGAACAUAUAUCCCAGUACAAUCCUGUGGCUAGUGUUUUGAGUUGGACAUGACUUUGCAAAUGAAGUGACUCUGUGAUCCGUGGUGGCCCAAAAAUGACCCGAGGGCCAGUUUCCUCACCUCUGCCUGAGACCAUGUUUCAGCAGGUCCGACUAAUUACCCAAAUGUAGCCAAAUAUAGCCGGCUAUACACUUAUUAGGUAUAUUGUUUUAAUAGUGUUUGUUAUCGAGCACUUUGUGGACAGGUUCAGCCACGCCUCAAUGACCCUAAUGGUUUUACUGUUUUAAUAAUAAUUAACAAAUUAAAUACUGAAUAUAAUACCCUUUGGGAUCUAUAAAAUAAGUCUGAACGUAUUACACUACAGCUAAUAAAUUGGGUCAACCUUUCUGUUGUAAAUGUCUUUGAACAUAUUUCUUUUUCUGAAAUGGCAUCUUCCUCUCACCACUUGACUACAGUAUAUAUAUUUUUGUGUGUGACUCUUCUUGAUACAGGUUGGAUCCCGCUAAUCCGGGAGCUGAUAGUCCAGCAGCUUCGAUAGUUCAGGACAGUGUCAUAGCUCACUUCUAGUGGCUGUUGCCACUAUUUUACCUUUAAAUACUUAUAAUUUACCCCUAAUUAUGCCUCGUAAGAGACCAGCAAGCAGUGGAAGUAGUUGUAAUGUGGUAAAACGUAAUCAUGUGACAUUAACUAUUUUAGAAAAGGUAUCUAUACUGAAGAAAUUAGGCAGUACAGGCAAUAGUACAUCUUAUGCAUUAUUUUGCCUUUUUUUUUAACCUCAGCUACGAUGGUUCGGAAUUUUUGCUAAUCCGGAACCGGUCUGGUCCCAAGCUUCCUGGACUAGUGAGUUCCAACCUGUACGGGUACAAAAUUUUGAUGUAUGGUACAAUUUGAAUACAAACCUAAUUUAUAUCGAAUAUAGUGAAACCUCUAUUUAACGGACUAUAUAGAGAUGAAAUUCUGUUAUAUCAAGGGUCUGUAUGAUGUAAAACCUUCCAACUAAAGGAUUACAUAGGGAGAAAAGUCCAUUAUAUGGAGUUUUCACUGUAAAACUAAUAAUAAACCUUAAUAAGGACCAAUCUGAUAUUACUAAAUUACUAUGAUAAUGUACCGGUACUUGAUGUUACUUAAAUCACUGUUAAAUACUGAAUUAGUUAUCUGAUGUAAAGUUAUUGUAAGUUAUUCUUCAGAUGCAUAUAAAGUAUAAGUCAUUUGAAUUCGCUUUAACCUUGGCUGUUUGGAGAGAAUUUUGUAAGUUAACGUUAGAAUUAGAGUUAAAUAUGUCAGUUAUUCAUUUGUUAUUAUUUCUAAUUUCCAUUAAUUAUCAUCUUAGUAUAAACAUUUAUUUAACAUGCUGAUGCUAACCUAACAUAACCUAUUGUAACAUGAUGAUGCUAACCUAA